GUCCUUCAAGUUUUAUUUGACAUCUUAAAGUUUGGUUCACUCAUCAACACACUUCAAUUCUAAACCUUAAACAUUGCACUGUUUGCACACCACUAUAAGUCUUGUGAAUUAAAAGAAUAUUUCUUGGAUAGAUUCCUUCCAAGUUUUAUUUGACUUCAUAGAGUUUGGUUCACUCAUCAAUACACUUUCAAUUCUAAACCCAAAACAUUACCAUAAAAAUCGGUGAAACUAUCAAUUUCCUUUCGGUUUAUUCAGUCAAUGUACGUGGUAAAGAAAAUUUUAUGUAUGAGUUGGUAGAAAUUGUUGUAAUGUAUAGCAUAAAAAUAAGUACCAUUUUCCUGUGUGUGUGUGUGUUGUGUGUGAGACAUUGCACAUGGCUAGCUCACUCAAUAUAUAUAACAAGUAGCGAGUGUGUGAAUGGAAACGCUUGUUUGGUUCCAAUUGAAGAAACCUAAACAGUGUAAAUUUCUCAAAUACAGUAAGAACCUCAACUCCUUUAUCUUCUUCUUUCCCUUUCUCCAAUUCAUCAAUAAAUACUCCCCACAACCUCUCCAACUGCCCCUUCUUCCAUCCUCAUAAAUCUUCUCUUCACCCUCUCUCUCUCUCUCUGUUAUACACACAUAUAUAUAACAAGUAUAUGAUGAUAAUAUAUCAAUAGAAAUGAGGAAGCGAGUAGGUUUUAGUCUUGAUGUCAAUGACAAACCAACCUUCUUUCACAAGCAUGGUGGUGGUAUCAAAAUUACCAUAAACAAGAAGAGGGCCAUUCGUAUAUGGACUACUUUCAGGCUCUCCAAAACCUCCAGCUUCUCAUUUCUAAAGCUUAUUGGAGCUAAGGUGGCCAGAGUUCUACGUCUGGUGUCCACGCGGAAGAGCAGGUCUCCAUGCAAGGUCUCUUCAUCGAGCUUGGCAAGGUCACAGUCAUACUUGGACCAGAUUGAUUCUCAUCGAGCUGAAGCUAUUGAGGACUGUAUUGAAUUCUUGAAUUCUUCUUCUUUGCAGAGAUCGAGUUCUGUUUCUUCAACUUCCUGUUGCUAGGUAAAAGUUUUUUUUUGCAUGGUGGAAGGAGAAGAUGUAAAUGAAAAGAAAGAAAGAAAGGUUCUGUGAUUCAUUGAUCAUAACAACUUUUUUUCCCUCAAUAUCGUAAGAACUUCAUUUGUUGAUGAUUCAGCGAA